AUGACAGGCGAAGGGAAACAAGCGGAAUCAAAAUUUGCAAAACAUGCAGAAUCAGACUCUGCAUUGGCACCAGAAAAACAAUCGGAGGAAGUGCCGAAAAGGAAGAAGGGUAUGGCGAUAGCUGUUUUUCCUUGUAUUGUCGGGGGUAUUAGUUUGACUAUUGCCAUUAUCGAGCAACGGAGAAAUUCAGAUUAUGAACUCAAUAUCGACAGGGAUUUCAUGUAUCCGUUCGUGCUGGCGUUGUGCCUCACAAUGGUCGUAGGCUUCCAAACCAAGGGAUUCACAAAGGAUAAACCUGAACCACUUGUCUCAUGGCCAAAAGUAAAGAAGCAACGGAAGGUCGUUCACAAGUACGUGGUCAAGGGGAAGGAAGAGGAAGAAGAACAAAGCGACAAAAAGAAUGACUAG